AUGUUUUAUCCUAAUAGUGGUGUUAGGCCAUUUGGAGUGUCCCUACUAAUUGCUGGAUUUGAUGAUAACGAGCCAUAUUUGUAUCAGUGGUUCUUUUCAUUCUCCACUUGCAAGUAUACUGAUGACAUGGAACUUGAUGAUGCAGUCCACACAGCAAUAUUGACACUGAAGGAAGGGAUUGAGGGACAGAUCUCGAAAAAAAACAUUGAAAUUGGCAUAAUUGGAUCUGACAAAACGUUUUGGUGGAAAUCUCUUUCUGAAUUCUUAGAAAACACAAAUGUUAGCUAUUACAAGAAGAUUAGAGUAUCAGGUAGUUCCACUGCUGUUUCAUUACCACUGCCACCGCCGCUAUACCUUCUAUCUCUUCGGAUGAAGACUAUGAUGAUGAUGGGGGAUAAAGAUGACACUGAAGACUAUAGCUGA